UAACGGCAUUUUCCAGAACUGGCUGCAAACUGCAAACUGUUUUGGUUACAACGAAAUAAUGCACAAUUAAACCGUUUUUAUUGUAGUCCUCCAUUGCCACGGGCAAGGCCACCGCCACCGCCACCCCGGCCACUGGCGCAGCAUGGACAAGCUACGCAGCGGCAGUGCAGGCACCCACCAACGCACCUCCUCCCCGGGCCAAGGCCCACUGGCCGAGCAACACCAUGUCGAGCAGUAUCCCAAGAACCUGAUCGAGCAAUAUCUGCGUGCCUCCAAUAAAAUCAAGAAAUUCGAGCGUGCCGGCUUUUUCAAACGCUUUGCGCCCAGUGUGAACGAUGUGCAGGCGGACUUCCAGAGGCUGGCGUACAGCUUCGAGGAGUCGGGCAUCAUGCAGUACGCGGCCAUGUGCCACAUUGGCUAUGCCAAGUGCGAGUCCUUUGGGGGGGCGCCGCAGCGCGAGUCCGAGGCCUAUGUGAGAGCUGCCCGUGCCUUCCUGCAGGCCCACAACGAGUUCGGGCUCCUCCACCUGCGCACCCAGCACAGUGGCUUCCGGGAGGGUGCCCUUCAUUGCUACCACAAGGCAGCGGAGCGCGUUGUGGACGGCUGCGUGUUCAAGGCGGCCAUUCUCCGCGAGCUGCAGCAGCUGCAGCGUAAGCUAGACAGCACCAGCAGCUUCGCCUCGCCCACCCACCAGAUCCACGACCUGGAAAUGAGCGCCGACCUGAGCACGCAGCGCGAGGACUACCGCAGUGCCCUCCAGCACUACGAUGACAUCGUGGACAACAUCUACGAGCGGCGGGGGGCACUGAUGUACAGCGAAUUGCUCAGGCGUGUGGAGGUCCUGCGUCUGUUGCUGCUGGUCCACCUGAAUCUGCCGCCUGCCCGGCAAUCGCCAGCGCACAUUAAGCUCAUCGAGCACUACUACAGCCUCGCCCAGUUCGAGGCGAGCCCCUGUCCGGGCUACAACAGUGAGCUGGUGGAACGGCCCGGAGCCUUCGUGCCCCAGCAGCAGCAGUACGCGCUGGCCGAGAUCAUCUGUGCCUGGGUUGAGCGCAAAAUGUGCGAUCUGAAGCAUCUGCUCCGUGACUUUGCAGCCGAAUUCAGUUCGUCAAGCACUGCCGAGCGCCAGCUGCUUAAACUCAUCUACGCGGACCUCUCCACAGUGUACUAACCGCAAGCGAGCACGGCUCGCCACGGCAUUGUACGAGUAUCAUGGAUUGUAGCAUGGUAUAUGAUACGAAACAUACAUAUAUAUGAUUAUUUUAUUACGAUUAUUGAUUAGCAUUAGCACAAGCAACUAGUAUCGCUUAAGUGUAACCAAGUCUACCAUUCAACCUUUGAACGUGCCUACACUCGUACACGCAAGAAACGAGAAAACGAACCACAAAACAGAAAUCAUAGAUGAAAGCAGGGGAGGGAGAGCAGGGAGCACUUCGGAUCACCGAAGUCAAUAUGCCCUUGCAGUCGGACGUUGAUGAUUGAUAUUUGUGUUCUAUUCUGUCUUCUGUUGAAAUUUACAAUAUACCUUCGACCGCGCAUUCUCAUGGCAGCUGUUUUAUAUAGUCAUCCGAUUUGUAUCCAUUUUGGGCGAAAUAUUUAAUUGCAAUGCGAAAAUCCACUUAACAAUUAUCUCUCGUUUUUCAAACGUUUCUUCCUAUGGCAACUGAGAUAUCACCUCAAGAAAUUGAAAUUGUUAGAGAUAGACUCCUGUAGAUUCUGUGAAAUGAAGCAGGAAAAAUCGGAACACAGCCAACGUGAAUGCCCUGCAUAACAGGAUUGCUUGAAGGAUUUUGGAAAUAGUGCCCAUCAAAGUACUUCAGUUCAUGAAACCCCUAAACAUAUAUGGAUCUUCCACAUACUCCUACUCGCCAGUACAAAAGAUCAUACAUGAUGUAUGGUCGAAGUGCAACAAGGCCUUGUAAUAAUAAUAAUAAUGAUAGCUAUUUGAUAUAGUGCUGCGAUCCAUUGCAUUCCAACCAAAUGUAUAACCCAGAUCUAUCAACAAAAAAGACCAUAAAUGGCCUAAAACAGAGUUUAAUGGAAAUAGAAAAUAAUAAACCCCAAAACUCUUUGAAUAUCCUGUAUAGAUGUCGGAGAUGCUUCCCAAAAAAUCUGACCAAUAACUUUACGAGUAAUAAACCUCUGCAAGGGUAUAUGUAUAUAAAAGGCAUACAGCAAUAAAGGGAAUCAUAGAGGAUACAUAAAUGCGCUAACAAUAAAUGUUAAAUCAUCUAAAAGCACACAGAUUUGAAAAUUGUACAAUAAAGCAAAGCAAAUGGAGAUUACCUCAA